AUGGUUCACCCAGACACUGACAUUUUCUCCACGUUGACAUCUAUGCAUCUCAGUGUCCCACAUGAGGACGACCGGCUCAUUCAGGAUAGCUACGAUCAGGGCAUGAAUGCUUUUAAAGCGAUGGACAGUCAACAUGGUGUCGUCCGUCAUGCCACAUUUAUCGAGAGUCAUUACCGUUGCUUCUUCGUGACGAGAGACAAUGUGGCGACAAUGCUUCAGUCAACUGACCAGCCGGCCACUCAAACUCUCGCUCGACAAAUAAUCACACAGCUGCACGAGAUCCCACUUUUGAUUAGCUGGGCUUGUCUGAAUAUGAUGGAAGAGCAGUGGACCGGACGCACUCGAAUGCCACGAUUCUACCAUCUUGAUGAAACAAAGUUCUACGCUUCAGUCACAUAUUCAUCAUUCCUGAUGCCAGAUUGGGUACAAGUUCGAGAGUUGGUCGUGAUUGCCGUUGCCCAAGACGCCUUUGAAUGUCUCGCCACGGCUGCAAAAUACUCACGCAUAUCAGCUUCCAUGCCGCCACCGGUAGAACAGGGCUGCGACAUGGAAGUUGUCAAAGAUCUCGUCACCAAACUUCGUGCUGGAAAUGCCAGACAUACCCUCCUUGCUGCUAUAAAACGAAAAUGCUUAAGAUUUGCUGGCGAGGGAAGUUCGGUUUAUCUGGUGCCCAGCAACGGAGUCUCGAGGGAUAUUGUCCAUUACUUGUACAACUAUUUCAAGAAAGGGCGGAUGCCACCCCAAGAGCCAUUUAUGAACAUAUCGACUUCUUCUGAUCAGACAAAUCUAGCCACUUCCUCCAAGGAGCCAUUCGACUUUGGCGGUCUAAAUGUCUCAGAAGAUGGGUGUGUUCUCGUCUACGCCACUGGCCACAAUCAUGAUCCUGGGAGACGCAAAAUGAGCUCCAUUUGCAUCUUCUUCACAGACGGGCCUCCCGAUCUGCCAACAACAGAAAGACUGGGUACUGUGAUCAAACACACAUACGAGAACUAUGAUGUCUAUCAUACUUCACGCAUCCACCGAGCCCCGAACUACCGCGAACUCGGAAAGAAAAAGAAAGAAGAAGGAAAUCGAUGGAACAUUCGAAAUUCCUAUGGUGUAUUCUCGGAGGGAUUUCAUUUUCUACAUUGGCUUGCAGUUCUAGAGUGCCCACUUCCUGUUCGUCAGGGCUCUCCGCGAGAUGGGGUGCUCUGGGCGCCUGUCUUUUCACGCCAUCAUUUCCCAUGGCGGGAGCCAGGGUAUAUCUAUAUGGAUCUCGCAGAGCGAGUAUUCGUUAUCUACAAGACGGUCAUUCAGGAAGUUCACUACUGGCGAUCCGUUGCACGAGAACGUCGAGCUCGGGGAAUAGAAUGCUGUGAGAUCUGCGCUUUUGAAGAAACCAUGGCAGAGGGGAAGGGAAUUUGCCGUGAAUGUGAGUUUGAGCUUUGUGAAAUACGCGGGGAAGAUUGGUUCCGCCGAGCUCUUCUCGGAGAUCGACCCAUUGACUACAGGCCUAUUGAUACAGAGAUUGAGGGCGAGGGAUAUAAGCGCUUGAGAAUUCCGGAUGACGAAAUGCGAGAUCUCAAUGCCAAAUUUGAGAGGACCCUCAGUUUCUAUGAAGAUCUAGACGAGGAGUUUGAAGAUUUGGGACAAUUGGAAGCGCAAACCGCAAGGUUUGUUGCUAUCCAUAGGGAAUUGGAGAGAUAUUUCCCCAGGAAGCGGAAGAGAUCUCCUACUAUAGUACCCUCGGAGACAGAAUGA